AUGCCUCCCUCGAGUACUGACAACCCAUCAGUUGUUGAGCGCCAGGUCAAUUCCGCCGUGGAUACUGCAACCGGAGCAGUCAGUGGUAAGUUGAACAGCACUUUGAAGCUUCGAUUAACCACGUUACUAAUCUCUCACAUAGACCUCGGAUCUACUGUGGAGGGUCUCACUCAUCGCGACAUUCAACCAAUUGCAGACGCUGCCGAAGGUGAAGUGAAUUCAGUGGGAUCUGCCGCGGAGAGUCUCACUCGUCGCAAACUUCCCGGUCUGACUGAGAUUGUGAAGGGCUCGGUCACCAACGAUCUCGCCAUGCUCAGCGGAGACUAUAGCGGCCUUGAUGCUGCCAUGGCUGCCAAUAAGCCCCCGGCCCCUAGCCAUGUUGGCGAGCUCCCGGCGUCGGGGUAG